AUGUCAUCAGAAAACGUUGUAUUCAUCAGUGGAGCCACUGGAUUUAUUGCCCAACACAUUGUCAAAUUCUUACUUGAAGCUGGUUAUAAAACCAUUGGAUCCGUUAGAUCAGAAGAAAAAGGUAAACACUUGAAAUCAUUGCUCAAGUCUGCUGGUCUCAAAUCUGAUUUGUUCAGUUAUGUCGUUGUUGAGGAUAUCGGAGCCAAAGGUGCAUUUGACGAAGCUUUGAAAGCCAACCCAGAUGUCACUGUUUUCUUACACACUGCAUCACCAUUUACAUUUGAAGUUCACGAUGUUGAAAAGGACUUGUUGAAACCAGCCAUCGAAGGUACAACCAAUGCACUCAAUGCCAUUAAGGUAUACGGUAAGAAUGUAAAAAGAGUGGUCGUUACCUCAUCAUAUGCUGCCAUUACGGGCUUUGCAGAUUCGGCCACUCCAGGUAAAGAAGUUAAUGAAGAUUCAUGGAAUCCAAUUACCUAUGAACAAGCUUUAGCCAACCCAUUCACUGGUUACGUUGGAUCAAAGAAACUUGCCGAAAAGGUUGUGUGGAACUUUGUUGAUGAACAGAAACCAAAUUGGGAGGUUACUGUUAUCAACCCAGUUUAUGUCUUUGGACCACAAACAUUUGAGGUUAAGGACAAGUCUAAGUUGAACACCUCAAAUGAGGUUAUCAAUAACAUCUUGAUUUCUGGAAAAAAGAAGGAAGAACCACAACAAUAUGUCGGAUAUUUCAUCGACGUCAGAGACGUUGCAAAAGCCCACAUUGUCGCUUUUGAAAAGAAGGAGGCUGCUGGCCAAAGAUUGUUUUUGGAAGAGGCUUCAUUUACUACUGCCGAAAUCUACAAUAUUAUUGAAAAAGACUUCCCCCAGUUGAAAUCUGAAUUACCCAAAUUGGAUGAAUCAAAGGCUCCAAAAUUUGAGGAUACUGAAAGUGUCAUAAACAAUGAAAAGACAAGAAAAAUCUUGGGCUUUAAAUUUAUCGAUUUGAGAAAGACAAUUGAUGAUACGAUUGCACAAUUGGUGUAA